AUUUAUUGUUCAUCUUUGUUAAAAUAAGACCAACCUAUAUCUCGAAGGAAAUGACACAAACCAGAGCCCUGCCCCCCGGAUCUCGAAUCCUAGUCACCGGUGCCAAUGGCUACAUCUGCUCCCACGUCAUCGACACGCUGCUGCGCAUGGGAUAUACCGUUCGAGGCACAGUCCGCGAAGCGAAGCCAUGGCUAGACGAGCUCUUCCAGGGACAGUACGGCAAGGAGUGUUUCGAGACAGUCAUUGUGCCUGGGUUGGAGAACGCGGAUACCUUGCAGGGUGUGAUGGACGGGGUGUCUGGCAUCGUUCAUGUCGCUUCCGAUUUAUCGUGGGGCACCGACGAGGGUGUCAUACGCCGUGCGGUGGCUGGUGUCGAGAAUGUCCUCGAGGCUGCAUAUAGGGUUGGCUCGGUCCGACGGUUCGUUCUGACAUCGUCGGCCAUCGCGGCCAAUACUCCGCUGCCGAAUGUAGAAGGGAUCACAGUUGACACGGACUCGUGGAAUGACGAGUUGGUAGCAGCGGCGAGGAGCGAGGAAACCCCAGCCGACGAACGGGUCAUGUGUACCUAUGGAGCAUCCAAGGUGGAAGCCGAGAAAUUCGCCUGGAGAUGGAUGGCUGAGAAACAGCCUCCUUUCACACUGAGCACGGUGCUACCGGACGUGUGCGUGGGACGGAUCCUCCAUCCCAACAUUCACGGGUCAAGCAUGGGGUUUAUCCGGAAUCUACUCCAUGGCAAUACCUUCAUGCUUGAUACUUUCCCUCCACAGUGGCUCGUCGAUGUCGGGGACGUUGCGCGCCUCCACGCCGUGGCGCUGCUGGACCCGACCGUGCAAUCCGAGCGUAUAUUCGGCCAUGCAAAGCCUCUCAAUUGGACCGAUGUGAUCGGCUUGCUGCGGCGAUUGCGACCGUCGAAUACGCAGAUCCCUGAUCCUCGUCCCAACGAAGGGCGCGAUUUGUCCGAUCUUGUGCCCGCGAAGAGAGCCGAGCAGCUGCUCCAGUCGUUUUUCGGACAGCCGGGAUGGACGCGUGUUGAGGACAGUAUCGCGGAGGGGAUUGAAGGAGUGCAAGAGGAGCGGCCGUCGAGGUCGGGGUUGUUGGCUCCUCUUGUUCCGGUUGCUCUUUUCUUCCUUUUUUCCUUCGUCUUCAAAGAAAACGUUUGAGAUCUGGUUCUAAUGCGAUAAUGACGAUCUUCCGGGACUAGUGGUGAGGAAGAGGAAGAAGUUAUGAAGGGCAAGGAUCAUCAGACCUCGGAUGAGGUAUUGUAAAACAAUGUAUGUAAAGGUAAGAUUGUCAACGAUACCAUCUCAGCCCAGGCGAUCGACAGACGGAUGGCAUAUCGGGAUGAUUAAGGUCACCAGCCUUACUCCUAGUGAGCCCAGUGAUCGACUAGAUUUUCAAACAUAGACACAGAACGUUUUAAAGCAUACGACGCCAGGUACAGCCGGCCAAAUCAAUAUACAAAAAGAAAAUAAUAUAUUUUAAGAUUCAAAGACACCAUCAACUC